CGCCGCGCCCGGCCCUCCCGCACCCCGGAGCCCAUGGCUGCGGCGGCGGCGGCGGCGGCCCCACGGCGGGGCCCGGGGGGAGAGACGCGCUCGCUCGGCCGCGCGGUGCGGCUGCUGCAGCGCCUGCAGGAGCAAUGCGGGGACCCCCGGCUGUCCUCGAGCCCCCCGUCGCUGCCGGACCUGCUGCCCCGCACCGCGCAGCUGCUGCGAGAGGUGGCGCACGCCCGGCGGGCGGCGGGCGGAGGCGGCCCCGAGAGUCCCGGGGGUGCGGCGGACUUCCUCGUCCUCUACCUCGCCAACCUGGAGGCCAAGAGCAGGCAGGCGGCAGCGCUCCUGCCGCCCCGGGGCCAGAAGAGUGACAGCGACGAGCUCUUCCGAGAGGGGUCCAUGCUCAGGCGACAGCUGGCCAAGCUGGCCCUUAUCUUCAGCCACAUGUACUCAGAGCUGAGCGCGCUCUUCCCCCGGGGAAAGUACUGUGGACACACAUACCAGCUCACCAAGUCCGAAGCCCACGCCUUCUGGAGAGAGCAUUGCGGAGCCCGGUGUGUGCUGCCCUGGGCUGAGUUUGAGUCUCUCCUGUGCACCUGCCACCCCGUGGAGUCAGGCUGCACAGCCCUCGCCUUGCGCUCCACCAUCGACCUCACCUGCAGUGGCCACGUGUCCGUCUUCGAAUUUGACAUCUUCACCAGGCUCUUCCAGCCAUGGCCAACCCUCCUCAAGAACUGGCAGCUUCUGGUGGUUGACCACCCAGGCUACAUGGCCUUCCUCACGUACGAUGAGGUCCGCGCACGCCUGCAGGCCUGCAGGGACAAGCCAGGCAGCUACAUCUUCCGACCCAGCUGCACUCGCCUGGGGCAGUGGGCCAUCGGCCACGUGAGCUCAGAUGGCAGCAUCCUGCAGACCAUCCCUCACAACAAACCCCUGUUCAAGGCGCUCCUGGAAGGACAAAAGGAAGGCUUCUACCUCUACCCAGAUGGGAAGAACCAUAACCCAGACCUGACUGAGCUCUGCCACAUGGAACCCCAUCAGCUCAUCUACGUGUCAGAGGAGCAGCUGCAGCUGUACUGGGCCAUGAACUCCACCUUCGAGCUCUGUAAGAUCUGUGCUGAGGCCAACAAGGACGUGAGGAUCGAGCCCUGUGGGCACCUGCUGUGUAGCCGCUGCCUGGCCGCCUGGCAGCAAUCAGACAGCCAGGCCUGCCCCUUCUGCCGAAGCCAGAUCAAGGGCCGAGAGGUCGUGAGUAUCCGUCGGUCCCAAGGGAGGCGAGCGGAAGCCAGGGCCACCGCUGAGGACUCAGGGAGCAGCGAUGUCCAGGAAAACAGCGAGGACGAGCUGGGGCAGGUGGUCCCCUCAGCGCCCCCACUGCCCCCUCGCCUGGAUCUGCCUCCUGAGCAUCCCAGAAGUAAAGGCCAGCUGAAGGUGGUCGACGCUCAGCCGCUGAGCCACACCAGCCAGGCACGGGGCCUCCGGCCUUCCCCAAACUUCGGGCCCCUCUUAUUUUGCCAAAAAUUAGGACCUCGGCCUCAGCCUCAGCCCCACGGGACAUCACCUCCAGGCCCCGGGCCAGGGAGGGAGCCGCAAAAAACUCUUAAAGGGAAGGUCACCCCUCUAGCUGCUCCUGUGGGGCCCAUGAUCGCUGCCCAGACCUGGAGGCCAGGGCACAAGAUCUGCUGCUAAAGGGGCCCCGGUGGCUUCCCGGCUGGAAGGGGGGUUUAUGAAGCAGAAAUAAACUGCCACUGCCCAGCCUG